UUACAGAUGACUAAUGACAUCCGUGAUCAAAUUAAACUCAGGACAUUACAUCCCAUCUGUUGGUCUUGGUACUUGGCUUUCGGAGCCCGGUCAAGUUGGAAAUGCACUUAAAAUCGCUCUCAACAAUGGUUAUCGACAUAUCGAUUGUGCGCAUAUAUAUAAAAAUCAGAUCGAACUAGGUGGAGCAUUUGCUGAGGUUUUUAAAGAGAAGAACAUAAAGCGUGCUGAUGUAUUUGUCACUUCGAAAAUAUGGAAUACUUUUCAUUCAUAUGAAAUGGCCAAGAAGGACAUAGAUAUAAUAUUGAACGAACUUCGCUUCGAUUAUUUAGAUUUAUGUCUCAUUCACUGGCCACAAGGGUAUGAAGAAAGUGGUGAAUUUUUUCCCAAGAGACCGGAUAAUGAAAAAUGUAUAUAUUCGGACGUUGACUACUUGGAUACAUGGCGUGCUAUGGAAGAGUAUGUAAAACUGAAGAAAAUCCGUUCUAUUGGAUUGUCAAAUUUUAAUCACAAACAGAUUCUGCGAGUGAUUAACAAUUGUACCAUCAAACCGGCUGUUUUGCAGGUUGAACUUCAUCCUUAUUUUCAACAGCACAAAUUACACAAUUUCUGUCAAGAGUAUGGAAUAGUAGUGACUGCGUAUAGUCCACUGGCCAAUCCGACGAUGCCAUUCAGAAAAGCAACAGAUGCUGUUUUACUUGAUGAUCCUGUCAUUCUUAAGCUUGCAAAAGUGCAUCACAAGUCAGCCGCACAGAUAAUACUACGUUGGGGCAUCCAACGUGGAUUGGUCGUUAUUCCGAAAUCAGUGACUGAAAAAAGGAUUAUUGAAAACAUCAAUAUUUUCGACUUUGAACUCAAACCUGAAGAAAUGACACUGAUCAACAGCUUAGAUAAAAACUGGCGUAUCUUAGAUCUUUCAAGAGAUGCAGACCAUCCUUUCUUUCCGUUCAAUGAAGAAUAUUAAAAUAAUUUUGGGGAAAGUUACAACAAUGGAAAAAUGAAAAGACUUUCUAAGCUCUUCUUUUCAAGACCAGGUUCAGCACUUCCCCAAGCUUCUAUUGCAAACUGAGAAAUUUUCCCCGAGCAAUCAAAGUAUUUAUUGUUUUGAAUAUAUCCUAGAUAAAAGAUUUAUUACUUGACACAAAAAAUAAAUGUUUUACCAUACCUGAAGUGAUGAAUCAUCUGAUUGUCUCUAGUUGGAUAAAUUCGAAAACAGAUUGUUUGCAGUGGUUUCUCAAACUAUUUAUUUAUCUUUUAUUUUUUGUG